AUGGGGUGGAUCACGCCGCCGAAUUUCGCGGCGCUCGGCGGCGGCGGCGGCGGCGGCGGCGGCGGCGCGCGGUGGCGCGGCGCGGCCGCGCGGUUCGGACGAGACGGGAAGGAUGGCGGAGGAGGACGAGGCGCGGAUAAACCGCCGUCGGGACGACGGCGAUUCGGGGACGCGGACGCGGACGCCGCGCGACGCCCGCGGUCCGCGCGCGCGGGAGGAGGCAGCGGGAAGAGUCUAUCGAUUCGGCCGUCGCGGGGGGGACGCGCGAGCGGCGGAAGCCGCGGCGCGCGAGGCGGCGUCCUCGGCGGCGCGUCGACGUCGUCGUCCUCGAGAUCGUCGACGUUCUCCUUCUCCCUCCCGACGACCGCGGCGGCCUCGGUGGGACCCGCCGCGUCCGCGGCGACGUUCACCGCCGCGCUCGCGCUCGGCGGCGCCGCCGCGUACUGGCCCGGCGGCGGUGCCGGUUCAUCUUCCCCCAGGGGGGGAAGGCGAUACGACGGCGGGCUCACGUCCGGGGAUCCGCGCCGCGCGGCGACGGACGCGCUCCUCUGGACCACCGCGAUCGGGUACGUGCUGCAGGUGCUCACCGGGCACGCGUUCACCGCGAUGGGCGCCAAGGUGAACGCGGAGAUCGCCGCGGGGCAAGUGUACCGGCUCGUCACGCCGCUGCUGCUGCACGGCUCGCCGCUGCAUCUGCUGGUGAACUGCAUGUCGUUGCACAACCUCGGGCCGGUGAUCGAACGGCAGUUCGGGAGGGACUCGUUCGUGGGGUUAUACCUCGCGAGCGGGAUCGGGGGGAACUACUUAUCGUACAAGAUGUGCCCGAACAACGCGGUCGGCGCUUCCGGGGCGAUCUUCGGCCUCGUCGGCGCGAUGGGCGUGUACCUGCACCGUCACAGCGACUUGUUCGGCGCGGUGGGGGACCGGCAGCUCCAGUCGUUGCUCGGGAGCGUCGGCGUCAACGCGCUGUUCGGGAUGAUGUCGAGGAGGAUCGAUAACUGGGCGCACUUGGGUGGAUUUUUGACCGGCGCUUUCGUCGCCGCCGCGUUCGGGCCGAACUUGAUCGUGCUAAACGCGGGGUCGCACGCGGUAUCGGAGGGGGGGAGAAGGAGGGUCGUGAACAGGCCGGUGUUGCAGACGUACGCGAGCGAGUUCGCGCGCGAGUUUCGUAGGAAAUGAUGAGUUGAGUUGAUGACUACUAUAGGUAAGUUGUUACGACGCGUUGUACGA